AUGGCACUUGCUUUAGCUGUUGGCCAGAGUUUGAAAGGCAGAACAGGACUCUACACUGUUACAAAACAACUGCAAGAUUGUGUCUGGCUUGCAACAAAUCAGCAACAGGAGAAAGUCGUUGCAAAGAGUGUGUGCCACUUUCGAUUACAAAACGAACGGGAUAUUUUACUUCAUUUCCAAAACCGAACACCCUUCGUUCGCCCACUCAUCGAUGAGAUCCAGGAUUCUUCGGUUCCUCCUACACUCAUAUUGAGAUAUCUAGAUGACGACGUUCUACGUGCCUCAAACUGCCAGCGUCUUACUCGCAUAGAGGCGAAAUAUGUAGCGAAAAGGGUGUUGGAGGCCCUUUCAGCUCUGCAUGAUGAGGGGUUUGUCCAUACAGGACAGGUUAUAGAUCUCAAACCUAGCAAUGUGUUAGUGAACUAUGGUCACGGAAAUAUCCGGUUUAAAGACAUUCAAUUAGCCGAUUUCGGGAGCACUGUUCGCGAAGACUCUGCUCACGCUCAGGAUGGUGACCCUAUCGGCACGCCUAUUUUUAGAAGCCCGGAAGCACAUCUUCAAAUGAAAUGGGACACGGCAACAGACAUUUGGUCUUUUGGUGCAACGGCAAGAUUCCACAUCUUCAAGCCCGAUGUCUCUGCAGACCAUGAUGAGUACGAUACCAAGAUUCUUAUGAAGCACCAUCGAUGCUUCGGACCAUUUCCGGAGUCAUACGAAGAGAUUGCGGAUCAGGAAAGACUAGCGGUUCUUGUGUGGAUUAUGCAAAAUAGCCCUCCUGAGACUUUGAAGCCGUUCCGUCUCACAACUGCACGAGAGAUUUGUCAGGAAGAUAAGGAAUUCGUGCUAAGAGCUAUGAAGCUUGACCCAAGAGAUAGGCCCACUGCACGGCAGUUAUUGGACGAUAGAUGGUUCCAUCAGCCUUAA